AUGCAGAUUUUCGAACUCAACACCGUCACGUACGGACUUUCGCCAUCAUCGUUCGUAGCUACGCGCACCUUGCUUCAGCUCGCAGAUGAUGAAGGUGCACACUAUUCGAAUGCACAAGCUGCCCUGAAACGAAACUUUUAUGUAGAUGAUUUCAUUGGUGGUGCCAACACGGUAGAAGAUACUUUCCGUCUUCGUCAGGAGCUAUCGGAUCUACUUGCGAAAGGUGGAUUCGAGUUACGCAAGUGGACAUCGAAUCAUCUAGGCGUUCUCAGCGGUUUAAGUGCUGAUCAAAUCGGCACCCAGUCAUCCUUGCAGUUCAUUCCCAAUGAAACGGUGAAAACACUCGGCAUCUCCUGGAAACCAGAAUCUGAUGAGCUGUGCUUUGAUUCGAACGUUUGUGUUGAAUCAACAUCCUCAACGAAGCGAUCCAUACUGUCAUGCAUCGCGAAGAUGUAUGACCCGCUUGGACUAAUUGCACCUGUGUUGGUCCGUGCAAAGCUACUGAUGCAAGAAUUAUGGCUGCUGAAAUCCGGCUGGGAUGAUCCCGUUCCCGAGCAGAUCUACAAUAAAUGGACAACGAUUAGUGAUGAAUGGCAAUCUUUAUCUACGUAUAAAACUAAUCGUCAUGUUCUUUUACCUAAUUCACAAGUAGAACUCCACACGUUCACCGACGUCUCCGAAGGAGGAGAAAUACGGAUCAGCUUACUGGCGUCGAAGUCCCGAGUAGCACCUCUUAAACGCGUCACACUGCCGAGACUCGAACUCAACGCAGCUGUUUUGGGCGCCCAUCUCCAGCACCGGGUCCAGAAGGCGAUGCAGAUCGAUAGCGUCGAGUCCUUCUUCUGGUCUGAUUCAACUGUAAUGCUGAAAUGGAUAGCAUCUCCACCCAAUACAUGGAAGACAUUCGUGGCGAACCGUGUCGCUGAAGUGCAGCGCUAUUCUCAUCCGCGACAAUGGCGACACGUUCCUGGUUCCAGCAACCCUGCCGAUUUGGUCUCUCGCGGCAUGUCGGCAGCGAAUUUCCUUAAGAGUCGACAGUGGCACUCCGGCCCGGAUUGGCUAGCUCUUCCUUCAUCGUCAUGGCCCAGCUCGAAUCAUGAUUCCAUCGACGGAGUGGAUCUAGAAAUCCGUCAGAAGGCGCGCACACAACCAUCUUCACACCACACCGUAGCACCACUAAGCAUCACGAAAGAAUACUUAGAAGACGCCAAAACUGUGCUUUGCAGACUAGCACAACAAGAUGCCUUCUCUCCCGAAAUCAAGCACAUGAAAAAGGGAGAAGCUUUACUGAAGCAGUCAUCUUUACGUAAACUAAGCCCCUUCAUCGACGAGAAGGUCAUAAUACGAGUGGGAGGACGAUUAAAACUGGCGCAGUUGCCGUACCAAUCGAAACAUCCCGUGGUGCUUCCUAAACAGCAUAAGUUUACACGUCUCGUAGCUGAACAUUACCACGAACAGCUUAUGCAUGCUGGCGGAAGACUUCUACUAUCCCAGAUGAGAGAGCAGUAUUGGCCACUAGACGGACGUCGAUUAGUGAAAGGCAUCGUGCGGAAUUGCUUUCGAUGUAUUCGCCAGGAUCCCGCACUGGCACAGCAACCUAUUGGUCAACUUCCCUCAUCACGCAUUACACCCAGCCGGCCUUUCUCCAUCACGGGAGUGGACUACGCCGGACCGUUCUAUUUAAAGCCUGCGCAUCGCAGGGCCGCAGUGACUAAGAGCUACCUGUGCGUAUUUGUUUGUUUCACCACGAAGGCUGUUCAUCUUGAACUCGUGGGAGACCACACAACAGCAGGAUUGUUAGCCGCACUACGACGUUUCGCUUCACGACGCGGUCUACCAUCGCACAUCCAUUCCGAUAAUGGUAAAAACUUUGAAGGAGCCGAACGCGAGCUCAAGGAGCUUUUUGAGAUGUUCAACGACGAGCAGCAGCGGAAUGUCAUUGCUACUUAUUGUGCGGACAAGGGCAUCGCAUGGCACUUCACCCCACCGAAAGCUCCAAACUUCGGUGGCUUAUGGGAAGCAGCAGUCAAAACCGCGAAGCGACAUCUCUACCGGCACCUAGGCGGCACGAGGCUGUCCUACGAAGGUUACUGCACCGUGCUUCAACAAAUAGAGGCAGCAAUGAAUUCCAGGGCAUUAUUACCACUCUCCGAUGAUCCCGACGAACUAGCGGCACUAACACCGGCACACUUUUUAAUCGGCACAUCGAUGCAUGCUGUUCCCGAGCCGGACUAUACUCACCUGAAAUCCUGCACUCUGGAUGAUCUUCAGAAGUGGCAGCUGCUAGUGCAACGAUUUUGUAAGCAUUGGGCCACCGUGUAUCUACAAGAAAUGCAAAAGAGUUACACACGGCCGGGUAGCAACAACAACAACAUACUUACAGGCAGUAAGAGAAAUCUCUUCCAGAUUUCUAUGAUCGCCUGGACGAUCAAGUCCGCCGUGAUCAAGAUACCGUGCGAUGAUUAA